GGUUUGUAUAGUUUUCAGUCGGUUUGUGACCAUUGUGCGUGUAACAUCAUUUUUUUUCUACUUUUCUACUGUGAAUAAAAUUUAUUAUCAAAACAUGUUAUGUUACUGUACUGUCGCGGCAAUAGCAAUAUUAUAUGUUCUAUUCGAUGUAAAUUAUUUUCUUAGAAUUAUUUUAACUAUAGCAUGGGGAAGAAUAUUUCAGAAAAGGAAGAAGAUUCUUGAGCAAACUUCAAUAUACAGUGUGUGCUUUACACAGGACAUAGAUUUAGUAUUUAGACACAUGAAUAAUGCGAGAUAUCUUCGCGAAUUGGAUUUUGCACGUUUUCAUUAUUAUGAUAGAUCUGGAUUAUUUUCUGCAAUUAGUGCAAAAGGAGGUGGUAUGGUACAAGGUGCAUGCUCAUCAAGAUAUCGAAGGCCACUACCAAUUUUUACACCUUACAAAAUAACAACACAGCUCAUCUAUUGGGACGAUAAGAAUUUCUAUUUGGAGCACGAACUAAUAAGUUUAUCGGACAAUUUUGUACGAGCUGUUAUUAUUAGUAAGCAAAGUGUAACAGGUUUAAAGGUUCCCGUAUCGGAAAUUGUCUCAAAAGUCGAUCCCACUGCACAAAGACCGGCAUUAUCCAAGGAAUUGCAAUUGUGGCUCGAUUCAAUGACAGAGUCUUCGGAAAAAUUGAAAAAAAGAAAGUAAAUAAAAAAUUUUUAUUUAAAAAAAAAAUAUAUUCCUUUUUCAAAGGCUCUAGAGACUUAUAAUAAUUUAUUAUGUAUCUCGAUCUCAACUUUUGUUGAUUUUCUAUAUAUUGUUAUCAAAAAAUUUAUUUAUUUACGCUUCUGUUGUGAAUCUUGCCGAUAAUUUUAAUAAAAAAUUUGCUUGAAAAUUUA